AUGGAGGCGGCCCAGCAAAAGCUCCAGACUCUGUCGGAGGACUACCAGAAGCUUCAGACAGAACUAGAAAGCAUUGUUGAGGCGCGACAGAAGCUCGAAUCACAGCACCAAGAAAACAAGAGCGUACAGCAGGAAUUUGCCUCCCUCGACGACGAUGCGAACAUUUACAAGCUUGUCGGUCCAGUUCUGCUGAAGCAGGAAAAAUCAGAAGCUACCAUGGCUGUCGAUGGUCGCAUAGAGUUUAUUGAAAAGGAGAUUAAACGAAUAGAAACGCAGAUCCAAGAUAUCAACAAUAAAAGCGACAAGAGAAGGACAGAGAUCGUUCAAUUACAAUCACAAAUGCAACAGCAAACGGCGGCUGCUUCAGCCAGCGCUUAG